AUGAAAUCCAGAUCGAACGACAACAAUACCCCCCGCACGCAUCUGUCACAACCGGCGCACUCCUUACCCUGGGAGACCAUCCUCCAGGAACUCCAUGUGAACCCGGACCAGGGCCUCUCCAGUGCGGAGGCGGCCACGCGGUUGCAGCAGGAUGGGCCGAAUGAGCUGGAGGAUGACGAGGGGGUCUCGUUGGUGACGAUUGUGAUCCGGCAGGUGGCGAAUGCGAUGAUGCUGGUCCUUAUCAUCGCCAUGGCCGUCAGCUUCGGGAUCCAAUCCUGGAUCGAAGGCGGGGUGAUCGCCGCGGUGAUCGGGCUGAAUAUCGUCGUGGGCGUGUACCAGGACUUCGCGGCGGAGAAGACGAUGGGGUCGCUGCGGUCGCUGAGCUCGCCGACGGGCACCGUCACCCGCGACGGCAAGACCAAGACGGUGCCGGCCAAGGAGCUGGUCGUGGGCGAUGUGGUGGAGUUGAAGGUGGGCGAUACCGUGCCUGCCGAUGUUCGUCUCAUCGAAACCAUGAACCUCGAAACCGACGAAGCUUUGCUCACCGGCGAAUCCCUGCCCAUCGCCAAAACCCCGCACGACACUUAUGAGAUCGAAACCGGGCCCGGCGACCGCCUUAACAUCGCCUACAGCUCGACGACCAUCACGCGGGGCCGCGGGCGCGGCAUCAUCACCAGCACGGGCAUGGCCACCGAGAUCGGUUUAAUUGCUGCCGCCCUGCACGCCUCCAACAAAUCCACCCACUACAAGCGCCGCACCCCGCGCACCAACCCGGAGGAUGACACGCCCAAGAAGCGCGAGAAGGUGAUCAACCCGCUGGCGAAUUUCUUCCUCUCGACUAGCGCCUACGUCCUCAAUUUCCUCGGGCUAAAUACGGGCACCCCCCUGCAGCGGAAGCUCUCGGCGCUGGCGCUGGUGCUCUUCGGGAUCGCGGUGGUGUUCGCCUUGGUUGUAAUGGGGGCGAAUGGCAUGCGGAAUGACCGUGAGGUCAUUAUCUAUGCGGUUGCCACGGGACUGGCGAUGAUUCCGGCGUGUCUCGUGGUGGUGUUGACGAUUACCAUGGCGGCGGGGACGCGAUCGAUGGUUAGUCGGAAUGUGGUGGUAAGGCGGUUGGAGAGUCUCGAGAUGCUCGGGGCGGUGCAGGAUGUUUGCUCGGAUAAGACGGGGACGUUGACGCAGGGGAAGAUGGUGGUCAAGAGGGCUUGGGUGGCGGGCGUGGGGGGGUUGGUGGUUGUGGGUGAGGGGGGUGAUGUUUUGGAUCCUGGGAAUGGGGAUGGGGUGAGACUGGUUCCUGGGCAGGAGGCGAGUGCAGAGAAUGAGAAGGAUAAGGGGGGAGACACUGAGAAAGGGGAUCGUGGCCAGCCUUGGGACGCGCGCAGGGAGGGCUUGUUGAAUGCCCACGGGUCAGGCACCCUGUUGCAGCAGUACCUCAAUGUCGCUGCCAUGGCGAACCUGGCCCAUGUGCAUUACUCGGACGAGUCGCACGAGUGGCAGGCCCGUGGCGAGCCCACGGAUAUCGCCAUCCAGGUCUUCGCCAUGCGGUUCCAGUGGGGCCGGGAGCGGUGGACGGGCGGCCGCAACCCGGUCUGGACGCAGAAGGCCGAGUACCCCUUCGACUCGACCGUCAAGAAGAUGUCGGUGAUCUUCGAGAAUACCGAGACCUCGGCCCAGAUGGUGUUCACCAAGGGUGCAGUCGAGCGGGUGCUGGAGGCGUGCACGCAGGCCGUCUGGACAGCAGGCGCAGACGCCACUCCGCUGGACGAGGAGAAGAGGCAGGAGAUUCUGCAGAAGAUGGAGGAUUUAGCGAAAGAAGGUCUGCGCGUGCUCGCGCUGGCCUGUCGACCCAUCGAGUCCCGCGACGAGACGCCCGCGCGCGAGGAGGUCGAGAACGACCUCAUCUUCUGCGGGCUGAUCGGGCUGUAUGAUCCGCCGCGCCCGGAGACGGCGGGGGCGAUCGAGGAGUGUCGGCGCGCGGGCAUCACGGUGCACAUGGUGACGGGCGACCACCCGGGCACGGCGCGCGCCAUCGCGGCGCAAGUCGGGAUUAUCCCGCGCGACAUGGGCAGCGUGGCGCAGGACGUCGCCGACGCGAUGGUCAUGACGGCCAGCCAGUUCGACCGGCUGAGCGACGAGCAGAUCGACGCCCUGCCGACCCUACCACUGGUCAUUGCCCGCUGCGCGCCCACCACCAAGGUGCGCAUGAUCGACGCCCUGCACCGACGCGGCCGGUACGCCGCCAUGACCGGCGACGGGGUCAACGACUCCCCGUCCCUCAAACGGGCGGACGUGGGCAUCGCCAUGGGCCAGUCCGGCUCCGACGUCGCCAAGGACGCUUCGGAAUUGGUUCUGACGGACGACAACUUCGCCUCGAUCAUCAACGGCAUCGAAGAAGGCCGCCGCAUCUUCGACAACAUCCAGAAGUUCGUCCUGCAUCUGUUGGCAGAGAACGUCGGCCUCGCCCUGACCUUACUCAUCGGGCUGGCCUUCAAGGACGAGAACGGCCAGUCCGUCUUCCCCAUCGCGCCCGUGGAAAUCCUCUGGAUCAUCAUGGUCACAUCUGGCCUGCCGGACAUGGGACUGGGGAUGGAAGUGGCCGCUCCGGACAUCAUGGACAGACCGCCUCAAAAUAAACAAGGCAUCUUCACCUGGGAAGUGAUAAUCGACACCCUCGUCUACGGCGUCUGGAUGGCGGCGCUCUCCCUCUCGGCCUUCUCGUUGGUCCUCUUCGCCUGGGGCGACGGCAACCUGGCGACGGGCUGCAACAGCGACUACACCUCCGCCUGCGACACGGUCUACCGCGCGCGCGCCACGACCUUCGUGUGCAUGACCUGGUUCGCGCUGUUCCUGGCGUGGGAAAUGGUCGACCUGCGCCGGAGCUUCUUCAGCCUGCCGGCGACCGGAUCCGAGGAUCGUUCCGGCACGAAAACCUUCCUGGCCAGACUCCGAGGCUGGCUCGCCUCCCUCCGCCGCAACCGCUUCCUCUUCACGGGCAUCCUGAUCGGGUUCGUGACCACCUUCCCGAUCCUGUACAUCCCCGUCAUCAACGACGUAGUCUUCAAGCACAUCGGGAUCUCGUGGGAGUGGGGGGUGGUGUUCGUCGAGGCCGGGCUGUUCUUCGUGGGCGCGGAGGGCUGGAAGUGGGCCAAGCGGGUGUAUUUCCGGCGGGCGGCGGCGAAACAGCGGCAGGGGGGAGAUAAGCGGAGUGGGGGGUUGAUGGAGAGGGAGGAGAAGCGGGAUUUCAGUCGGUAUACCACGAUGAGUCGCGAGGAGGGCGGGGUCGUGCAGAAGGAGGUGUCGAUGGUGUAG